ACGGAUUUCUGGCUGGGAAAUCCGGAUUUGGAAAUAACCGAGGUCGCCUGCUUCAGGCCACGUUUCCGGUUUCACACCGUAAUAGAAUUUGUGGUUCACAAGGUGGCUCUAAUUUCGUACAGUAUACUGUAUCUGGAAUUUCUGGUCGGUAG